AUGACCUCUAUAAACCAUACCAAUAUCUUGUGCCUUGUCACCCUUCGCUUCCCUUCUUCCACCUCUUGCCACUGCCCUGACCAUGUGCCGCCUAGGGAGCUUGACAAGAAAUUUGACAAAAUUUUAAACCUUAAAAUUACCUCAAAUAACAACCCUGCUAACAUCCUUACUAACCUCUGCACUGGCCUCGAAAAGUUUCUCGGCUUCGACAAAGACUCCAAAGGUUACGACGGCUCUGGGAUAGUGUACUCUGACCUGGAUAGGUUGUGUGACGGGGUGAUGGGAUUUUUGAGUGGUGUGCUUGGUGCGGUGAAAAACGAAAAUGAAGUGACAACUUAUGAUACUAAUAAAGAAUUAAAUGAUAUAUUAAGCAAUUUACAAAAUUCGAUAGGUAAGGGCUCUAGUGUAUUUUCCUCUCAGAUUACGCAGGUGUCCCAGUGGCUUGACAGGUAUGAGAUGUAUCUUGGCAGGAAAACUGGAGCAGUAACAAGCGAAUUAAGUGAGUUAAAAGACAAUAAAAUUGGCGAUGAAUUCAUGAAACGUGUUGCAGGUAAAGGUCACGAAAAACUUCAGAAGCAAUUAGAGGACUGGACCACGGUGGUCGGAGAGAUUGAGACUCAGUUGAAUACUAUAGAAAAAGAUAAAGUCAAUGUGCUCAAUAAGUCGUUGCGAGAACAAAUUAAACGUGAAAUGAAAGAUGUUAGAAACGCAUUGUGGCUGUUGAAGGAGAGCGCUGGCAAGGAGGAUUUCAAGAGGCAGGUGAAGGUAGUGGAUGGCGACUUGGAGACACAGAAGACGAAUGUUGGCAGUGCCAUAAAUGUAAGUUGUGAUGCGUUACAGGAUACCUUACAUACUGUGUUUAGCAAGGUCGUGGUUGAAAUUGAGAAUCUAAGGGCAAAGAAGGAUGAGCAUUUCGCGUCAUUAAAAUAUUAUCUUGACACGACGUAUCACGAAGUGCAGCAGUUGUUUGGCAAAUUUGACGAAGAAUAUAAGAUUAAAAUAAGUGGAAACUUAUAUGACAUUAAAACGGAGAUUGAGAAAUAUGUCAAGUAUGAUUCUAGCGCUUUCCUGCAGACACAGUUCACUAUCGUUAAAGACAAUGUCGCAUCGUUUGCAACUAAAGUAAAGAGUAAUCUGAAAUCAUUGAGAGAUGAUAUCAAAAAUGCGAUAAAGGUUCAUGUUAAGAAUGUGCAGGAGCCGUUCGAUAGAAUAAAAAAGGAGAUAGGUAAUGAUAACAAUGGUGCCAAAACAGGUAUGUUUGAAUUUAUGAGUGAACUUAAACGUGAGAUUAUAGAUCUUGUCGAUGGUUUGACAAAUGCAGAUGCAAAUCCAGUCGCGGGUAGCGCUCUGGGUAAACCCACACGGAAACCUAUUGGAACGAUGCAGCAAAUAGCGGAUAACAUUAAAAAGUGGGCCGAGACGUUUAGUGGAACUGAAGAGUUUGGAAAAAGGGUUAAGGGAUGGAUUGAAAACAUUUUGAAGGAGGAUGAAUAUGUUAAGCUCAAAAUUAAGCACUAUGUUCAGACGGUUAAGGGAGAAAGUGGAUAUAACGAUUAUUUUGAUACUACAUUUAUAAAAACAGACAGUGGUGAAAUUGAGGGUGCGAAGAUCACAAAUAUUGCGGACGUAAUUAAAAGUCAGCUUGGUACCGACAUUGACAACGCCGGCAAAUUAGUGAAACGUAUGAUCGAUCCAGAAGAUGAUGAACGCAAAGGCAAAAUUCAACAUCAUAUGACAGCCGUCGAGGAAGGUAUACGUAUUUUUGUAAGCGGACUUGAGGCAAUAUAUAAGAAGCAAGUAGGCGGUGUGACAACUAGUACGGCGAUGUAUACACUGUCAGACACCAUUGCUGGAGAGAUUACGAAGAAAGUCAAAUCAAAAUUAAAUAAUAAACCGCCCAUUCACGAACACGUUCUUCAAGCUGCUGUACAAGCGAUACUACACCGACUGGUCGGAAGAGCUAGUCAGGCCGCCUCCGAUCUUGAUUGGCUUAUUGGAGAUCGUGAGAAUCAGAUUAAAAUAGGGAACGUUGAGGAAGCUAUUAGGAAAAUUAAUGACAUUAGUGAUAAACUUACUACCACCCCAGGCAAUGAGAUUACAAAGGCGCUGUCUUUUGUGAAGCAGGAAAUUGAUAAGCUCGACGCUGCUCUCAAUAAUGGCAUGACCGUCAACCUUCAGAUGAUUUCACACGAAUCUCUGC